AUCCAAAAGAAGGAUUCACUUUUGUCUUUGUCUCAACGAUUGACCCAUCGGCUUCGUCGUCCCCCUGAAAGCAGGGGGCUUCCGAGGAAGAACAAGAACAACAAACCUUGCUCCCAAUGGACUUCCACCGGAAUCCUUCCGUCAACAACCGCCAUUCCCCCUCCCCCACCUCCUCUGUCUCCUCCACCACCGUCCCACACAACCCCUCCGCCACCACCGCCACUGCCGAUAACGACCCUAUGCACUCAUGGUGGGAGUCCGUUUCCAAAGCCCGCUCUCGCAUCCACGCUCUUUCCUCCAUCCUUCCCCCUCAUUGCGACUCGUUUUUUCUCUCCUCUCUCGCCGAUUCCGACCGGCCGGCCCUCUCUCUUUUGUCCUCUCACGAUGCUUACUCCGUUAUCUCCUCUGCUCUCUCCUCCUCCGUCUCUGGAUCUGGUUCUGACCCUCUCUGCCACUGGCUUUACGAUACUUUUCUCUCUUCCGAUCCCCAUCUCCGCCUUGUUGUUCUUUCCUUUCUUCCACUUCUUUCCUCUUUGUAUCUCUCUCGCGUUCAUUCUACUUCCUCCGAUUCCCCUUCUCCUCCUUCUCUCGCCGGCUUUGAGGCUGUGCUUCUCGCGCUUUAUUCCUCUGAGGUUAAGUCUCGGGCUGGGAAGCCUGUUCUUGUCGCGAUUCCUGAUCUUUCGCAGCCUUCUCUUUACCAUUCUCCUCUGAAUAAGCCCAAUUCUGUUGCCCAAGCUCAAUUCAGGCCAUCCGUUGGAGUUCUUUGCCCUUCGCUUGAACCACAGAACGCGGUGAAGUCAACCAAAAGAGCUUGUAUCAUUGGCGUCGCUCUCGAUUGCUAUUACAAGCAGAUCUCGCAGAUGCCGAGCUGGUCGAAGCUUGAACUCUGUCGCUCUGCGGCGUCGUGGGCUGGGCAAGAUUGUUGCUGCAAGAGAGAAUUUGAUAAAGAAGAUGGUUUGGAUAUUGAUGGGUUUUCGGAGAAAAGGGCUUUGGAGUAUGGGGAUGAAAUAGAGGAUGUUUCAGUAAAAAUGGGUAACCUACAAGUUGAGACGUGUGGGAACAAUUCCGAUGAUUCAGAACCUAAGGGGUUCAGAAUUCCGCUUCCAUGGGAGCUUUUGCAGCCAUUACUUAGAAUUUUAGGACAUUGUUUAUUGGCUCCUUUGAAUUCACAAGAUGUUAAGGAUGCAGCUUCCGUUGCUGUAAGGUGUUUAUAUGCAAGGGCAUCUCAUGAUUUAGUACCGCAGGUGAUAUUGGCAACUCGGAGUCUUAUUCAGCUUGACAACAGAACUCGAGCGGCUGCAAAGGCUGCAACAGCAACAAAUGCUUACACACCCAGCAAAGAUAAGAAAUCAGAAAUCUUAUUGGUCUCAAAAUAAACGAUCUGAAUGAGGUAACAGAUGUUGUAUAGUGAUUCUGAAGCGGUUGAACUUUACUUUGUUUAGGAUAAUACUGUAUGGAUGUCUGUAGUCUUUAUAUGAUGGUUAGAUUUCUCACCAAGUUACAAGCCUUUUGAGUUGUACUUUUAUAGGAUUUUAUUCUUGUGUUCCUUGGCUGAGUAGACCUCUUUGGUUAGAAUUUCAUGUGCUUGCCUAUACAUGGAGGGUAAUUUUUCCUUUUUCUUUUUCCAUUUUUAAUUUUAGCUGGUGUGUAUGGUCAAGGGUAUGAAUAACUUAAGUUUUAUACAUUGUCGUGUGAUUCAUUUUGAUAGUGA